AAUCGAGUGUGUCGGGCGUUUUCGUCGGUUAACGCAAAUUUAAAUUAAAUUAUAAUUAAGUAGAAGUGCACCAAACUAUAGUUUUAAUUUAAACUACCUAAAAAUAACUCUAAUUGAAACUAAGGUUUAAACAUUUAAAAAAAAAAUGUCUCUCAUACCAUUUCUUCUUGACUUGGCCGAUGAAAUCAGCGAAUUUCAUCGUGGAGUAGAUGACGACUUCGGUUUCGGUAUCUAUUCGAAUGAUUUUCAUCGCCCAUCAAAGACAGUGUCGCAACUAUGGUUACCUAAGCAUCGUCAGCAUCCCUAUGCAAAUAUUCGCAACAAAAUGCUCAAAAACCAGGAAGACAAAGAAACCAACAACGAGGAUAAGGAAUUUUCGCCGGUUGGUAAAAAUGGCUUCCAAGUUAGCAUGAACGUAAAGCAGUUUAAACCAAACGAACUGACUGUCAAGACAAUCGAUAAUUGCAUCGUAGUCGAGGGCAAGCACGAAGAAAAAGAGGAUGGUCAUGGUCUGAUUGCUCGGCAUUUCGUUCGCAAGUACACCCUACCAAAGGGCUAUGACCCAAAGGAGGUGGCAUCCACCCUCUCAUCAGAUGGCAUCCUCACCGUCAAAGCACCACCACCACUUAAAUCGGGUGAAGGCAGCGAAAGAAUCGUUCAAAUUCAGCAGACAGGUCCAGCCCAUUUGUCUGUUAAAGAGAAUUGCAAAGAUGCCGUCUCCUCGGAAGCAGUUAAGCCACCUCAAUGCGAGAACGGUGAUAAAACGACCACAGAAGAGAUUUCAAAUUAAAUUCCAUUUACGCAUUGGCGUAUGCGCCAAAAUUCCUACUUUUCAAUAAUGAAAAAAGACUAAUUAUAAAUUAAUACGUUUUUUUAUUUUAAAAUAAAUGUAAAAGCGAAUGAAGAUGAUGAACAAAAAAAAGAAAUAAUUAAUAAAGCACUUCCAUUCCAAUCGUA